CUGACUCACAAGAAUCACGUUUCCAUAGCAACCAUGGAACCCGUCAACAAACCCGGAAAACGGAGACGUGGGAGAUGUAAAAACUGGACAGAGCCCCACAGAGCUCAGGCUGACCUGCUCAUGUUCCCUGCUGUGGAUGGAGGGAGCCCGAGGAAGGUGGACUUCCGGGUGGACAGACAGGGUCUGUCAGAGCUCCACAUGGCCUGCCUUUACGGCCAGCUUGAUUAUAUUCAGCUCCUGGUGGAGUCCACGUUGGGGGGGAUCAACAGCAGGGAUCCUCAGGGUCGCCGGCCCAUUCACAUGGUCAUGUCUUCCCGAAGCUCACCCAACACCUGCGCCUGCCUCAGAUACCUGCUGGAGAACGGAGCUGAGAUUAAUGUCACCACAGACUCAGGGCAGACGGCGCUGCACCUGGCCGCCUCUGAAGGCUUCCUGGACUGCACAGAGAUCCUCGUGCAAGCCAGUGCAGAUGUGUUGGCCCAGGACAUCAUGGGGCACACACCUCUGGAUUUCGCCCGGAUCUGGUGCCGCAGAAAGGUAGCAAGGUAUCUGAAAAACUGCAUGUGGAAGGCAGAAAAGAAGAAAGAAAUGGAGGGGAGGAAGCUAGUUCAAGCUUUAUACACUGAUCUUGUGGAUAUGGUCAAACUGAAUAAUCUCAAAAGAAGGACACUUAUAGAUGAGAAGAUGGCAGAGUGGGCGAACAAGAAAGGUCUUCCUCACCUAAGGGAUUUCUCCCCCAAGAUCUUGGUGAGCCAGUACCACACCGAGUGCCUCUCAUCAGAUCAGGACCGCUCUAAUCUGAAACACACCAAAGGCCUGAGUAAGCACCAGCCGAGAGCUCCCCAGGAAGAUCAGGCAAUCACCUCCUCCAAGCCGAGGGCCUCAGCCUCCAGGCCCUGGACCAUCUACAUGGGCCUCCAGCCAGAGAGACCCCCUGCGGUGCCUGACCUCCGAGACAGCGUCACAGUGUGGAGGGACAGCAGGAGCAGGCAGCCACACUACAGCACCAAGUGGGACAACAUGCCUCGUGCCACCCCUGACCUGCCUCUGGACGUCCUGGAGAGGGUGUUGUUCCCCAGAGCCUUCCCUUCCAGGAUUGUCUCCCCUUGGCACUUUGAGCCACAGAACAUUGUGGAGGUCCAGCAGCGAGGAUGCCCCCAGGGGCGGAGCACUUCCCCCUGGACGGAGGUGGCCAUGCACCUGGCUGAGGUACUGGAGCCUGGACACUACUGAGCCUCUGUGAACUGGAGGAGUUUCAACCAGACUUUAAAUUGGUUCACUGUUGUAAAUUAAAACAUCAUUAUCACCUCAUCUGGUAUUAAAAUAUUUCAUAUAUUUUUACAUAGUUUAGUUUCAGGUGGAAAGGACCUAAACAAAAUUUUAGAUUUAACAUGUCUUCACAGAUUUUGUAUCAAAUAAUGUAGAAAUUAACAUACAAGUUUUACAAUUGGAGGAUUUCCUUUUAGGAAAACAUCAUGUAUCAUAAAGAUGACUGUCCUCGUCUAAACUAACAGGCAUAAAAACAGACCUAUCCUCAUAAAAUACCCAAUCACCCCUUAACUUCAUCUUAAAUUGACAAAAUGAAGAAUGUCACACACCCCAUACACUGCAGCUCCAAAAGCAGGGUGAACAGAGGGGUGAGCGAAAGGUGAGAAAACCUCAGUGAACUGGGUCACCUGUCACAGAUGUACCUCUGCACUUUCACUGAUCCCCUCCAGGGAACUGACUUGGGAUCCAGGUGAGGGCUUGUCAACAGCAUGUGUGUGUAACUGCAAGCUGUGGCCUGUCAAGUAAAGGUGGGUGUGCGUGCGUGUGUGUGUGUGUGUGUGUGUGUGUCUCGUGGUUUUGUCAUAUCCCUUUACUUCAUGAAGCACUUCACACCUCAGUGGGGGUCAAAGUGCACACUUGCCUCAACCUGGUGCACCCACUGUGACUUGGCCACAUGGGACUAGAAUAACAUAAUGCCAUUCACCUAGACAGUCUGGCACAUGCACACGCACACACACAGAUUCUUGACAGAGUGGAGAGGAAAAUCCAUUGUACUGCAAAUAAAACUUAACACAGAGUGAGUGAA